AUGGAGGCAGCAACGCCAUUGCAGAUUCGGCGCAAGCCAAUCAAUGAGAAUAAUGCGAUUCCGGCUCCGCAAUCGCUGCGCACCGGCAGCAGCUAUGGCAAUACUCCAGUACAACAAGUAACUCGCUUAGUUCCCGGUAAUCACAACACCACCGCGCCAACUUCUCCCAUCACGCCGGACCGGGACUUGUCCGAAUGGGUGUUUGAGGAAAAGCCGCCGCCACUCCCAACACGACCCCGACCGCAAUUGGAGCAAGAGUUGUGGCUUGGGGUGCAACCUCCGGCAAGGCCCGUCUCACGCGGCGCAGAAGCUGCGGAACCGCAGGAACCACUUCUGCAAAUUCCGCGCAGCCAUGGCCUCCGGCCCCAAAAGAGCAUGCCCGAGUUGUCACGGCUCGGGGGGUUCGCACCAAACUCGGAUUCAUCUUCCCCAAGCCCGUUCGAUGCUCACCCAUCGACUCCGGCUGCCACUUUCGGCCCCGGUGCCAGUGCCGGGGCCGGCAAGAAGACCUUUGUGCAAACAGCCCUCACGGAGGCACGUCACUUCGCUGGAGGCCUGAUCCCCCAUCCGACUGAGUCGACAAAGCACUACACCAUCCUCCGCCACUCCCCUGCGCUUAUCUUCUACCGCGGACCGAGCACCUCCGUGGAAAUGACUAUUUUCAGCUCGCCAGAUCAUCCCCUCCCCGCGGACCGCACGUUAUGGCUGCAGCAACGGGGCUACUCGGGAGACAGCGGGAUGAAGAUCAAGGCAUUUUUCAACGCCACAGAUAGCUGGCUGCACGUGACGCCGUCAAACCAGGUCGAGAUACAUCAGCUCGCCGCCGACACGGACCGCGCCUGGCAAAGAGACAUUGGCAAGGCCGCAAAGAAGCUGUUGAAGGAGAAGGGGCCGAAAAAGGCCCACAUCGUGAGGGAGACGCAUGUUAUCAGGGUCCCCGAAGCUUCCGAUGAUGGAUACUUCCGCCUCAUUCUCUGCACGGGGAAGGGGGUGCCCAAUGAAAUCAAAGAGGGAUCAUCCAGGUGCCAGACGCUUUGCACCAGCCCCAUUUUCCGCGUCGCCAGCACCUCUACGGACUCGAGCGUAUUCCGGGGUGCCUCGCUGAGUACAAUGCCAUUAGAAAUGGGACUCUACGUGGCGUCCAUGGUUGCAACCACAACGGUCAACAAAUACACCGCCCCCGUCCGGGCCCCGGUGGAAGGCGUCAUGAACAAGGUUCGCCCGGGCUUCAUCACCGAGACGGUCGGUGGGUUUGUACGCGACGAGCUGAGCGACCGGUCCGCCGAACGGGACGCGGAGCGCGACCAAGCCUACUUUGCGGCCCACCAAGCCCACGUCGCGCGCUCCCUUACCUUCGACCCCAACGUCAUCUUCCCCAUCGGGCCCGACUCAGGUCCCGAACCGCCGUUCCCGCUCCAGUUCCAAGGCAGAGUCGUCCCCGGCACCGGCCGCAGCCAAGCAGAGCUAGGCAUACCCACUGCCAACCUGGCCGAUGUCCCAGACGAGAUCCGAUACCGCCUCAACGGGGUCUACUUCGGCUGGGCACAGGUCCUCCCCGCUAAGAACAAAACCAGGAACAGCACCCAAGGCCCACCCGCUUCGAUAUUUGACCCAAUCUGGCACGAAGCCAUCAUCACCGUCACACCACACAACCCCUCGGCCGCGCCCUCAGUAACCUCCAAACCACUCGUGACAGCCCACCUCCUCAACUUCCCUCCCCCACCUUUACCCAACAUCCCCACCCCCAACUUGAACACACCACCGCCAACCCUAACCAACCACACCCUCCACCUCCUCCCCCUCGGCCUCCUGCACCCCCUCCGUCCCCCCACCCCAACAACCACCCCAACCAACACCAACCUCACCCUCGACACCCACGCCCGCGACACCUGCCUCACCCUCGUCAGCCUCGCCCGCCCCAACUGGCGCCCCACCUCUCCCGCCGUGCAAGCCGCACUGGACCUCCAACAGGCAGAAAAAGGGAUAGCGGAGCGGGUGCGUGGUGUAGCUGCGCGCUCGGGCAGGCGGUGUGGUGGGCGGUGUGGCGGGGCGGUGUGGCGGGCGGUGUGGUGA